AUGAGCUGGCUGAGCCGCCUGAACCCCCGGGGGCCCGCCGGUCGGUCGGGUCGGAGCGCGGCCCCCGCGGGCCCCUGCACCGCCGACCCCGAGACCUGCCUCAUGGUGUUUGAGAACCACUGGAGACAGGUGUCCUGGGUGGUGGAGCAGCGCGAGCCCUCGUCGUCCAGCGACGACCUGGCGGCGGUGAGGAACCACACCGACCAAAUGCUGUGCCUGCUGGCCGAGGAGCGGCCCCGGGACGGCCCCGACAGCGGCGGGGCGGGGGGCCCCCCGGCCCCGGGCCCCAUCCUGGAGCUGGUGGUCACGGAGGGCAUCCUGGAGCGGCUGGUGCAGUGGCACCUGCGGCGCGGCCUGGACCCCGACAGCCAGGGGGCGCUGCUGAAGCUGUUUGAGAUGCUGAUCGGCCAGUCCCAGCAGCCGCUGCUGCAGCACAUGGCCGUGCUGCAGCCGCUGCUGGGCCUGCUGGGGGCCUGCGCCGACCCCCAGCUGGGCUGCCCCCCCGCCCUGGAGAACAGCCUCGUGCUCCUGCUCAAUCAGGUGUGUGUGACCAUGGCCCGGCAGCCCGUGGUGCUGGAGAUGCUCUUCCGGGCGGCGCCCAUCCAGCAGGGCCCGGCCAACCUGCUGAUCUUCUCCCUGCUGGUGCCCUUCAUCCACCGCGACGGCGCCAUGGGCCAGCAGGCGCGUGACGCCCUGCUGCUGGUCAUGGCGGCCUCGGCCAGCCACCAGGCCGUGGCGCGCUACAUCGCCGAGAACUCCUACUUCUGCCCGGUGCUGGCCACGGGCCUCAGCGCCCUCUACUCCUCCCUCCCCAGGAAGAUCGAGGUGCGCGGCGACGACUGGCACGCGCUGCGCCGCGAGGACUGGAUGGGCGUGUCGUCCCUAGUGCUCUUCAUGAACUCCCUGGAGUUCUGCAACGCGGUGGUGCAGGUGUCCCACCCGCUGGUCAGCUCCCAGCUGCUGGACUACCUGCACAACGGCUUCCUGGUGCCUGUGGUGGGCCCCGCGUUGCACAAGUCGUCUGUGGAUGAGAUGAUCGCCAGCACGGCCUACCUUGAGCUGUUCCUGCGCAGCAUCACAGAGAAGGCCCUGCUGAAGACCUUCCUGCGCUUCAUCCUGAUGCAUCGCCACGACAACGACACCAUCUUGGACACCCUGCUCACGCGCAUCAGCAGCAAUUCGAGGCUCUGCAUGGUGUCCCUGAGCCUCUUCAGGACCCUCCUCUCCCUCAACUGUGAAGACCUCAUGCUGCAGCUGGUUCUCAGGUAUCUACUGCCCUGCACCCACGUCAUGCUGAGUCAGCGCCGGGCCGUCCGAGAGGCCGACGUGUACGGCAAGUGUGCGGACAAGUUCCUGUCCCUCAUCCCCGAAUGCUGCCGGCUGAGUGCAGCGCCCCCUGGUGAACGGGAGGACGACGUUGCGUUCUGGGGGAAAGCGCUCAGCAGCCCCAGCGCGGGGUCCCCCGUCCAGCCGCGGCCCAGCACCCCGUCCCGCCUCGCGCUCUUCAUCCGCCAGCAGAGCAGCGGGGGGGUGUCGGGAGGGGCCCCGCCGACCCCGACCAACGCGGAGGUGGUGCCCUCGUCUCCGCGGGGCGGCGGCGGCGGCUGCGGCGGUGGCCCGCCCGACAGCCCGGACAGCCCCAUGCACCAGCAGCAGCAGCAGCAGCAGCAGCAGCAGCAGGUGUCGGUGGACUGCCUGGACUGGGAGUCGGGCUACCUGGACUACCUGCGCGACGCCCGGCGGGGCAUCGAGCUCUGCUCCUGGGCCUGCCGCGACUGGUCGGCGCCCUACGACGGCGAGAACCCGGCGCCCGGCGCCGCCCCGCCCCCGCCGCUGCUGCCGCCGCUGACGGCCUGCAACCCCUCCAUGGCCGUUUCCCACGAGCACUUCUCGUUCCAGCAGGGGGGCGGAGCCGGCGGCGGCGGCGGCGACACCCCCGGCCAGCAGAGGGCGGCGGUCGUGGCGGCGGCGCGCUCGGAGUGGAGCAGCUCGGAGCGGGACAGCGGCGAGUGGGACGUGACCAUCGGCAAGAACCACUGCAUCAGCCUCACGCCGCGCUCCAAGAAGCGCAGCCUGCAGCGGGAGGAGCCGCUCGCCAGCGCCGUGCCGCCGCUCUUCCUGCCCGCCGAGGUGCCCCCCGCGGCCCGUGACUCUCAGGCUGCCAUCCCCCGCCCCGCCUCCUCCUCCUCCUCCUCCUCUUCGGCCCCUCGCCGCCCGCCGCCGCCGUCGACAUCGUCGUCGUCAUCCCACCCCGUGGCGCUGUCCAAUGGCACCGCGGCGCCGGCGGAGGAAGGGUGCUUCUCGUCAGACAGCCGGGACAGAGGGAUGGAGGUCAAGAAGGUCAAGCGGGACUUUGGGGAGCCUCCUCUACAGCAGCAGCAGCAGCAGCAGCAGCAGCAUUCGAACGAGGGUUCCACCCAGAACAGCUCCGCCUCCCUCCUCGCCCGCUGCCCGGCGGCCACGCCCCCACCCCGACACCGUCAGGACAACGGCCACCUCAGCGAGGACGAAGUGGCGGCGGCGGCGGCGCCACGGGCCAAGCCCCGCCCGGCCCAGAGCUCUCGCACCCCAACGGCGCCGGCGGCGGUGGACGUCGACGGGGCGGAACCACCCGGUGCCGCGUCGCUCCUACCUGAGCCGGCCCUCCUGGACCCCAGGCCGCAGUCGGUGGAGAGCCUGAUGGAGGAGCUGCUGCAGCAGGCGCCGGCGGACCAGCUGCUGCCCGGGGACUCCAACGGCCAGGGCAUCAGCAUCGAGGCCUUCAACCUGGAGCUCAGCGAGCUGGAGGCCCGGGUGAGGGCGCGCAGCCGAGACGCAGCGCCGGACGACGACAGACGCCCUCCGGCCUCAAGGCAACAGCAGGAAGUGGACGAGGAGGAGGUGGAGGACGAGGACGAGGAGGAGGAGGGAGGCCCUCUGCUGUCCGGACCCCCGGAGACAGAUCAGACUACCCUGGGGAGUGGAGGCGAGGUCAGGGUGCUUGGCUCUGUGGUGAGCAGCCCUGCCAGACCUCUGGGUCAGCCUGCCAGCCAGCCCUACACAGGCCCGUUCAUGGUGGUCCUGUUUGCCAAGCUGGAGAACAUGGUCCAGAACUCGCUGUAUGUCAACAUCCUGCUGACGGGCAUCGUGGCCCAGUUGGCCUGCUACCCGCAGCCGCUGCUCCGCUCCUUCCUGCUCAACACCAACAUGGUCUUCCAGCCCAGCGUCAAGUCCCUCCUCCAGGUCCUUGGUUCGGUCAAGAACCGGAUCGAGGCGUUUGCGGCGUCCCACGAGGACUUCCCCGCCAUGCUGAGGAAGGCCCAGCGGUACCUGGCCGCCCGGGGGAAGGUGGACUGGACCGAGUCGCCCACGGCAGUGCCCACCCUGCGACGCUCAGAUUCACUGGUGAAGAGCCGCAAGCCGUCGCUGGGCGACCUGAUCCUGCGCCACACCAACAGCCCCACGCGGGCGCGCCACGCCGCCCAGCUGGCCCUGGCGCACGUGCGUGACGGCGGCCAGUCACUGCACAGCGCCCUGUUCCGCGGCGGCUCCGGAGGCGGGCCCAGCAUCGGCGGCGGCGGCAGCGGGGGCGGGGCCUCGAGCCUGGAGCGGCAGGCGGAGGCGCUGCGGGUGAAGAACGCCGUCUACUGCGCCGUGGUGUUCUGCGAGUUCCUCAAGGAGCUGGCCGCCCUGGCCCAGGAGCACGCCGUCGCCGUGCCCUUCGGCCAGAGCCAGGCCGCCGAGGAGUGAAGGGGGCGGGGGAGGCACCACCACCACCACCACCCCUGCGUUUGCCCUUCUACUUGGUACGACCCGAGGCCGCAGGCUCGCAGCCGGCGAGGGUCACAGAGGUCACAGCUUUAGGGCCCGUCGCUCGCCAUAGGUGCACUGCCAUUCUCCUACCACACGUGGUCUGGCUGGAACGCGGAGGUUACCCCUACGUUGCCAUAGGAAUAGAAACACAACAAAAAGAGGGCGGGGGGGGGGG